UAGUUUGUCACAGUUUACCUCUGACUGUGGAGCCACAGCAGCAGCAGGUUAUUUGAGUUGAGCGGAAUCGAUCCAGCCGCUGUUGAAAAUUUGGUGCGCGUCUAUUCCUGGUGUUACGCGGAGGCAUGCAGACCGCUGUGGGAGCCGCCAGACGCUCCCUCAGACACCUCGGGAGGGUCUCUCACUCUGCCAUGUACUCAGGAUAUCAGCAGGCUAAUGUCGUCAUCCUGCCCGCUCACCUGGCCGACGACUUUGAAGCUUUCUGUCACAAAAACCCCGCCCCCUUACCGCUCCUCUACCGCAGCCAACCAGGAGAGACUUCCUGCCCGCCUCUCGCUAAAAAUGCCAACAUCAGGACGGAUAUCUCUCAGUACUGUGUGUACAAAGAGGGCCGGAUGGUGAAAACUGUCUCCAGUCUGCAGGGAUACAGCCCUGAGUCUGGGUCGGGGUCCGAGCAGGCUGCUGAUCCUGGCUUCUGGUCCAGCAUGGUGUGUUUCUAUCAGGGCUGCAGCUUCGGCUUUGAGGGCCGACUGAAGGAGGCGGGAGUCCCUGUGAGGAACGUGGAGCAGGGUAGAAACGUCAGCAUGUACAGGACUUCAGUCCCCUGUGUUCCUGCAGGAGUGUUUCGCUGCCCUCUAGUGGUCACCAUGCGUCCUGUUCCUGCUGCCAUGUUGGACACGGUGGUGGAGGUCACACACCUCAACCCGCUGGCACAUGGAGCUCCUGUGCACAUAGGAGAUCCAGCUCUCCUGGGUAUACCGGACAUCUCCUCUCCACACUACGGGGACGGAGUGGAGCUGCAGCCUGGAGACGUCCCAGUAUUCUGGGCCUGUGGUGUCACGGCCAUCGAGGCGGUGCUGAGCAGCAAGCCUCCUCUGGCGUUCAGUCACUCUCCGGGCUGCAUGUUCCUCACCGACAUCCCUGACUCCUCCACGUCUACGCACAAACCUUUAACCUGCGACGGCGUGGACUCUUCAGACCCUGAGAUGACCCCCCUCAGCUUUUUGAUGUCCGAUCAUCCCUUGUGGUACAGUUUGGCAUCAAAGAGGAGUGUGGAGAAAAUCAGACAGCUGGAGACGAUCAUCGGAGAAGAUCCAGGUCAGCGAGGGAUUAAAGCUUUGUUCGUGCAGGAUGAACUCCUGCGCUCCUGUCUGGCGCUCUCACAUGCAUCCUCUGUUGCCAUCACAACAGGAUUCCCCACACACUUCAUGCACAACCCUCCGGAUGAGACUGACGGCCCUCCAGGAGCCAUCGCCAUCGCCACCAUGCUGAUGUCACUCGGGAAACAGGUGACGAUGGUGAUAGACAAGAGAGACGUGGAAAUGAACCAGGCCAUCAUCGAUGAAGCCGUGAGGAAAGGUGUGCUGAAGAGUGCGGUCCCAUUGGUCACAUUCGAAGGCAGCGGUCCAGAUGCUGCACUGGACUUCCUGUGUCACAAUGGAGACCCCAGCAAGCCCAGGUACGACCACCUGUUGGCGAUCGAGCGCAGUGGACGAGCUGCAGAUGGAAACUACUACAACAUGAGAGCAAUCAACAUCAAACAUCUUGUGGAUCCCAUCGAUGACCUGUUCAUCGCUGCAAAGAACAUACCUGGAAUCACAACCACAGGAGUCGGCGAUGGAGGGAACGAGCUGGGGAUGGGUAAAGUGAGAGAGAAGGUGGUGAACCUGAUGCCUAAAGGGGAUCUCAUUGCGUGUGACGUCCCUGCUGACUAUGCCAUCACUGCUGGAGUGUCUAACUGGGGAGGAUAUGCUGUCGCCUGUGGGCUCUACCUGCUGCACACCUGCCCCUCUCAUCAGAGGUACCUGAAGAAAGGACUGGGACUCACAACCUCUCAAGACCAGCUGCAGGACUGGAUCGCUAACCUGCCGUCUGUGGACAAGGAGGAAUCCAUCCUCGCCACUCUGAUGGACUUUGGGAUAAGAAGUGGGAAGACCGGCAACCUGGCAAUGGAGGUGGACGGUCUGACCUUUCACCCCACGCACUCUGACAUCAUCAGAAGACUGGUGGAGGCCACACAAGGCUGAUUCACAGUGUGUCAGUGUGUCGGAUAAGGACAAACACCUGAGUGCUCAUGAAUUUUAAGUCAUUCAGACGUGAAAACAAUCGAUGUGCCACUUAGUGAAGUUGUGUUUCCUCUCCAUUCAGCUCACCAUAAAGAAGUGAGGGAGGAAAACAGGAUGAAAGGAGAGAGUGAGUGUGACUUUAGACGCUGCCUUGGUUACCUUUCAGCUCUCUUUGUGACUCCUGGAGACAAAACAAAGUCACCUCUCAUGAAAGCAGCUCUCUUUAAAUAUAUCAGAGCUUUGGUGCUAUUAUGAAGCCUUAAAAGUUUUAAAUUAACUUCUCAGUAGUGAAGAUGAUUCCUCCUUUUGUCACUGCACUAAUGUGAUGGUAAAGACUCAUAAACACAGAUUAGAUGUUUGUGUAUUGAAGGAUAUUCAAACCUGAUCCCCAGCUUCAAAUCUAUUGUGGUCUGAAUAUCUUAUAUGUAGGAUAUAUUUUGGCAUUGCUCUAGUAGAAUCCAGCAGACUGAAACAGACUAUAAUAACUAGCUUCUCUGACUGUGUGUUGCACAUUUUGAUUAUAUUAACACAAUUAAAGUGCUGUUGUUAGUUGUUUGAAUAUUCUAUUUAUCCUGUCAUUAAAACAUUUCCUGAUUUAUGAAGCUUUGAUUUAAUUUUUGUAACCACAUCAAAUCAUUUUGCACAGAUGGAGGUGAAAUUACAAUAAAAUAAUGAUGCUUCCAAUCUUA